AUGCUUUCUUUUUAGAUUACGUCAGCAAAGAUGGCCGCAUUCAGAACGAUCGCUGCUCUCUCGAAGAGGGUUUUGUUUACAAAUACACUAAAUACAUCGCAGCCUGCCUCGUGGCAGGUCAUACGAUGCAUGUCAGCAGGUCAAUAUCAACAUAUUUUGGUGGAUAAACGUGGUGAAAAUAAAAAUGUUGGAUUUAUUCAGUUGAACAGACCAAAAGCUCUGAAUGCUUUAUGUGAUGCUCUGAUGAUAGAGACAAAUGAUGCAAUUGGAAACUUUGAUACAGAUGACAGUGUUGGGUGCAUUGUCCUCACUGGUUCAGACAGAGCUUUUGCUGCUGGAGCAGAUAUCAAGGAAAUGGCAGACCAGGACUUCUCAAAAGUUUGGAGGAAAAAUUUCUUGGCUCACUGGUCAAAGCUUGAGAAGUGUUCCAAACCAAUCAUCGCAGCAGUAAAUGGCUAUGCAUUAGGUGGAGGUUGUGAGCUGGCAAUGAUGUGUGACAUUAUCUAUGCUGGAGAGAAGGCACAGUUUGGACAGCCAGAAAUCACACUAGGCACAAUACCUGGAGCCGGAGGAACCCAGAGGCUGUGUAAAGCUGUAGGCAAGUCGAAAGCCAUGGAGAUCAUCCUCACCGGCAACUUCAUGUCCGCAUCAGAUGCUGAGAGGGCAGGGUUGGUGAGUAAAAUCCUGCCAGUGGAUCAACUAGUCGAUGAGGCAGUGAAGACAGCGGAAAAAAUCAGUGGCUUCUCAAAGAUCACAGUGGGCAUGUGUAAGGAGGCAGUAAAUGCUGCGUAUGAACUUUCCCUGGCUGAGGGUCUUCACUUUGAGAAGAGGCUUUUCCAUGCUACAUUUGCAACUGAUGACAGGAAAGAAGGAAUGGAUGCAUUUGUUGAGAAGAGGAAGGCAAACUUCACCGACAGCUGAAUCUGUUAAAUUUAUUCCAUAGGAGCUUUUAGUGUUCUGCGAUAGUCUGAAUAUUGGAAACAAAUAAGAUGUCCUUUACUUUGAUCAACCAAUCAAAUGAUAAUCAGAUUCUAAUACCAAUUAAAACCGAUGUGAUGAAUUGGAGCUUAUAACCUUGGCUAUAGACAUUCUAUUGUGGUCCAUUGGGACACCAUCCUCUGGCGAUAACAGGGUACUACCAUAUGGUAAAUGGUAUUUGGGAGUGAAGUACAAUUAGUUAUAAAAGGGGAAAAAACUAUUAUAAAAAUUACACAGGGAUUGUGUUAACAAUUUGUUUAACAAAGAGACUGAUGAAUGUGAAAAUGUGUUUUGUAAAUUUAUGUUAAACAAAAAUGUCAUGUCAGUAAGACCACUGUCCUGUCAGUAGGACAACUACUGAUGUAGUAGGAAUGAAUAUUCAGAAAUAUAGGUCAAAACAUUUGAAUUAUAAAUAACUUUCUUAUGAAUGAAUAUGGAAUUGAUUGUUGAAUUCAUGUUGAAAUGUUUUCUGAAAUGUUGUGUGAUUGAGAUGAUAUUCAUGUUCAUAGAGCUUUAUAAAUGCUGAGCAUUGAUAGUACUGAGAAGUAUUAAAGCUCAGACAGCUUGAUAGUGCUCAUAUAAUAUACCAAACUUGUGAUAUUGAAAUAUUGGUAUAAUGCCAUAUAUUACAUUGUAAGGAUGAGAUCAAUCAAUUAAAAAAUCAUGCAUUUUUAAAA